GCAACCAUGCCAUACCGAUCAGGUGCCCUCAGUAGCGCUCUCAUAUAAGAGACGGUGGCAGAGGAGUCUCACGAGUCUCCCGCCCAUGAACCUCCAUCCCCAGUGGGAACUGCUCCUGCCUCAGCCAUAACCCCAGCUUCGGAAGCUCCGCAGUCAAUAAGACGGUGGUCAACUGCUCAGUCCGAUGGUCAACCCCGACUAGAACCCGCUGGCUACUUUCCUUCCGCGGUCGACACAGUUGCUUCUGAAGAAAAUCCCACCCAGCCUCAGUCAUCCAGCCGAAGAACUUCGGGCACGGGCCAAGAGAGCAAAGACUCGAGUCAACCCAGCUCCCGACGACCCUCGCAGAAUCUGUGGACGAGAUCAAGGUCCUUUGCCGGAUCUUACAUCAAGCCCCGUGUUCAGCCAGAGAUAGGCAGGCCUCGUGGCUCUGAAGCACGACGUGGUUCAAGUGUCGCACCCCCCUUUAGUGCUGUGGGCGAAGAAGAUGCGGUUGAGGUGGCUGUCGACGGCUCGGAGGCCACCAGCCGAAGGAGUUCGGGAAACAAGGCCGCAUCCAGCACAACAGCUAGUCAGCCUGGAAGUCGGACGGGCUCAUUUUCUGCCCCAUUGAGAAAAGGCCUUAGCCAUCAAGAGGGAAUGCAUCGUCGCUCCGAGAGUGGGACAAGGCCCCGGCGGGAGCAACGAGGGUCGAUCUCAGAGUAUAUCAGGCCAAGGAUGAGCGCAGAAAAGGGCCGCAGGCGGUCCUCUGGUACCAACAAACAGUCCACCGUGCCCUCGGAAACCGCACCUGUUUUCAGGCCAGUACUGGAGCGAAUGCAUUCUGCCCCUUCGAAUUCCCUGUUCAAGAACCCAGUGGCCUGGACGCCAUCCUUCAAGCCCUCAGACACUCCUCCGUACGGGAAGUACUCCCGCCACCCUUCGAUCGCGGAAGAUCCCAUGGGAGAGCCGGUGGAAAAAGUGCGAUCCUCGCUUUGUAUCCACGAGAAGCACGUCCCUAAGCCAGGCGUGUAUUUUCGGUCGCGUCGCAUUAAAGAGCACAACACCGACCAUUCUUGGCUGAAACAGCGCAAAGACCCGCGUCAAAAGUGGCUAACUAUCAUUCCUCUCAUCGGUAUCAUCCUGGGAUUCUGCAUCGCAGGAGCGUACAUCUUCCUCGGUGUCCAGGAUGUGCCUAUGCACAAAUAUUGCAUGGUAUAUGAAGAUACCUUCUCCUCGGGUACUCUGGAUUCCAAAGUUUGGACCAAAGAAGUCGAAGUGGGAGGUUUCGGCAACGGCCAAUUCGAGGAGACAACCGGAACGGAUGAAAAUGUCUUCAUCAAGGAUGGCAUGCUUCAAAUCAAGCCGACACUCCAAGAUAUCACCCUGCUGACCGGAAAUCACACUUUAAACCUCACUCAGCUAGGAACAUGUACUGGUACCAAAUGGUCCGACUGUGUGGCCACGACCAAUAGCACCAACGGCACCAUCAUCAACCCGGUGAAGUCAGGACGGAUCAACACCAAAAAGGGCGCAAAUAUCAAGUAUGGACGUAUAGAGGUUGAAGCAAAAAUGCCACAGGGUGAUUGGCUCUGGCCUGCCGUAUGGAUGUUGCCCACAGAUACGGUCUAUGGCACAUGGCCCCGAAGUGGAGAAAUCGAUAUUGCAGAAUCUCGCGGAAAUAAUUGGACGUACCCUACCGGCGGAAACAAUAUCAUGUCCUCAACUUUGCACUGGGGGCCGGAUAGCAGCAACGAUGCGUGGUGGAGGACGUAUGGCAAACAACAUGCUCUUCACUCGACUUUCUCGGAAAAAUUUCAUACCUUUGGCCUUGAAUGGAGUGAGAAAUACUUGUACACUUACCUUGAUGGUCGGUUGAUGCAAGUCCUUUACAACAAAUUCCGAACACCAUUCUGGAAAAGAGGCCAUUUCCCCCUGAUGUAUGCCAACGGGACUGCCAUCGUCAACCCGUGGGGGCAAACUGGUAAUGCCGCUACUCCUUUUGAUCAGGACUUUUAUCUGGUGCUGAAUGUAGCCGUUGGCGGGACCAACGGCUGGUUCAAGGAUGGUGAGGCGAGCAAGCCGUGGGUCGACGCCAGUCCCACAGCAAAAAGAGACUUUUGGGCUGCAAGGGAUCAGUGGUAUCCCACCUGGGAUAAUGAAAAUGGACCUGCCAUGCAGGUUAGAAGCGUCAAGAUGUGGCAACAACAGGGUUAUAACGGCUGCGGCAGUGAUGCGAAGAGCAUUUGAGAUGCAAUGUGUAACAUUUAAAAAUCAAUGUGACUGUUUUUUUGAGCAAUCUGCUUUCUCUUCAGGCCAUUAGGCAGACGCAAAGUGUGGCCGGACAACAUCGUGGAGCUUUCUUGUGAUUCUGCUUGUGUAGAUUGGUCACUUACGAAUGGAAUCACUUCUUGGAAUCUUGGAUACAGUCAGGCC